AUGGCGAAGAACGGCGUCUCGAUCGGCGAGUACGACGCGUGUAGGAGACGCGAUUCCGAUGCCCGGCUGUUAGAGGAGCUGCAGAGGUUGGAGAGGAGGAUCUUCCCUAAGCACGAGUCCUUGGCGAGGUCCUUCGAGGAGGAGCUGAGGAAGAAGAACACCGGAUUGAUUUACGCGGCGGAGCUGGUUCCCGGCGGUCGAGGACGGGGAGAGAUCGUUGGAUACGUCAUGUACACGCUUGCCUCUUCUCUCUGCGCCUCCGUCACCAAACUCGCCGGUAACUUCUCAUCUGGGACCACGGUUGCCUCGGUGCGGGGUCUUUUUACAUUUUCGUAUUUGGUGUGCUAAGAUUUACAGAAAUCAUGAAAUUAUUAGUGUUCUCAUCACGCACCAUUCCCUAUUCCAUCUGCAAGUAAGAAAUCUAGGUCACGGUCCUCGUUUCUCGGGACCACGUUUUUCUUCAUCCGGCACGCAUACUUUGAAAUUAGUUUCUGUUGUUAUUUUUGUGCGAAUGGGUUAAGUUGUCUCGAGUGUUGCUCUCGCAAAUCAAUCCGAUCAUCACCGACCUUUGAAUUUUUGACUUGUCGAAAUAUUUUGACGAUCAACAGUACACAGUGUGAAUAAUACGGGAAUCCGCAUGAUACAUUAUUGCAUCAACAUAUGGACAUCAAAUGUACGAAUAAUAAAAUCCUCACAUGCCCAUAACUAUAAGACGAGCACCAGGCCAAAUGCAAAGGUUGGGACUCCAAAUUAUGUGGCAUACACUAAGGUAAUUGCCGUUGGUUACUCUAGAGGACGCACUGCUGUCUUUCGCCAGAAAAUGUAGGGGUGGAUUUUUUUUCUUAUAAUUGGGAGAUCCCCAGUUCUGUAGAUGUCGUCAACUAAAGCAUACUAUGGUAAUGAUACGAAUGCAGCUAUUCCAAUACCGAUUCCAUUGAAUUUUAUUUCCUCGAUUCCUGAUUCACCUUGGUUACAUUCGGCCCAUUGGCCUUGGUUCCCAUCAUUUACUAUUUUUAUGAUCUUGGCCCACAUGUUCUACGAUCACCAGAUGCCAACAUUCAGAUGUAAACAUUCGUAAGGGCAGAACUCCAUGUGAAGAACAAUUUUUCUAUCAAUCGACAAGGGCUCUACCUUUUUUUUAUCUUCUAAUGAUUUUACUUGUCAAGUGCAGUAAUUUGGAUGACAUAUAUGGACCGCAUCUAACUCCUCGGCUCUUGUAAUGAAAUUUGUUGGUGUGUGUUGGGGGGUGGGGGGUGGCGGAGGGGAUUGAGUUGAAGAAAAGGAUGAUUUCAUAGCAAAAUGAUUAAAAAAGUCAACUCCAAUUGACAUAUAUGAACAGCUGAAUGUUUCUUUUCUGGGGAGAUGGGUUUCUUGCAUAGUCUAGGAUUGCUGAAUUUUUCUGCUUCCAUUUAUAUUCUCAUUAUUCAUCGAUUUUAUUCAUCCCGCUCAAAAAGAAAUUCUAAUGCCAUAACACAUCUGCUUGAAGUGUGAGCAUGCCCCUGCCACUGUUCUUCACUUCUCAUUUCUUUCCUCUAUAUGAAAAUGUGGCUCUACUAUGAGAGAAAAGGCUCAUAACCAUGCUCCAAAAAUAGCUAAAACUAAUCACCCCCCCCACAAACUAUGGGUCAGUCUCAGAAAAUAUUGUAAAUAUGGUAAUCUGAGAGAACAACAAUCCUCAGUCAUGUUUGGGCACCUUUUCCUUAUAUUCUUUCUGUUCUCAUGCCCCCUUGUCUCCGGUCAUGCAGUGAAGGAGAGUUGGAGGCGGCAAGGCCUGGGUGAGGCCCUGCUGAAGGCGGCCAUUGAAAAAUGCAGAGCCAAGAAGAUUCAUUGCGUCUCCCUCCACGUUGAUCCUGCCAGGACGGCUGCCCUCUCUCUUUACCAGAAGCUCGGAUUUCGGAUAGAUGUACUGAUCGAAGGUUAUUACUCCUCAGAGCGGCACGCCUACAGAAUGUACCUGGAUUUCAACCGUUAG